AUGGCCGACGCAGAUGAAGCUGCCAUCCAUCUUCCAUCCUCGAAUGACUCGGGGAUGCAGAUUGAGACCGAUUUGUCCGACGAGACUCAGGAUUUUCGCUUUUUGAACUUUCUCUCAGAUAAUUCCCAAAGCAGCCUCCCCAAACGCGGCGAAAAAGACUUCGAACCGAAUCCGACUCUACACCAAGCUGAUAUCCUUUCUGCCUCACGACAGGCAAUGCACAAUGCCCUCUCUUACCCUCGACUGCAUAACCCGAAGAAUGUUAUCAUAGGUGUAUACGCACCAGACGGACCGACGCCGCCAGCAUCAGCCAAAACCACCGAACCCGCGGAGUCCAAGAAACCCGAUACAGACGCAACCGCAACCGCAGACGCAGAACCAGAAUUCAGCAAGAAACCCGCAGGAACGGGAAUGAUGGGCGUGUCUGCAGAUGCAUGCGUCUACGUGUCGAACCCCAAGGGUCAGUUCUUCCGAACAAUGGGUCAGGCGGAUCGUUGGAAUCGGGUGUGGUUGCUUCCCGAGGAGGCGCUGUAUCUGAUUGAAAGAGGAAGUUUGGAUAUUCGGUGGCCUGUUUGGAUGACUGGGCCCGCGGGUGAGGUUGGGAAUGAGGAAGUUGGGAUUCCCAUGAGCUUGCAGGCUGCGUAUUCGUGCUUUAUCGGGCGCGAUGGGUUGACGCUGGAGCGGUACUCGGUAUAUACUGGGUUGAAGCGAUUGGGGUAUACGAUGCUUCGAGCUGCGAGCUGGGAUGAGCAUGGAGAUGGAAUGGAGGGUGAUUCUACCGAAUCAGAGGGCAGUCAAGUACAGAAGCCGCAAGGUCCUGGCUUGGCUGGGAUCUUUGGCCGGUUUUUGGAAUGGCUCUCUGACUCCAGUUCGACGGGCUCUACGGCGACAGGUCCUCUUGCUGGUGUCGGUAUACACCGCAGCUAUAACGAUAUAUACCGCAGACUUGCUAUAGUCCCGUGGUAUGAUCCUGUUAACCCUCAAACACCACGCACACCUACCACCCCGCCAUUCCGAAUUGCUUUCAGCGUUUACAAACCGUCUACUCCUUUCCGCAAAACUGCACCCCCGACUCCGGAUUUCCGUAUUGCCGUUGUCGACGCGCGCAGGCAGACUACUAUCCCAACCGUGUCUCAGCUCGGUGCGCUGCUGGAGAGCACGCCAUUGGACCCUCCACAGGGCCCGAAGAUGGAGAAACAACUCUAUAUGCGACUACGACAUGGAUACCGAAAUGUCAUCUUGGCCGUUUUCGAUCAGGGCGUGGUGAGCUACCUUCGGGUCGCAGAUGCAGCAUUCGGAAAAGAAAAGAUAUACGGUGACAAGGGAGCCCCGCGAGGUCCUAAAAAUGGAGGAUAUAGACCGAAGCCUAAGCGCUGA